AUGACCGGGCGGGUGGCCCGUGCCGACCUGCCUGCCGCGCACGAGGCCCCGGCGACGGCUCCGGCUGCGGCGCAGGAUGGCCCCGCCGGGGACGCGGCGCACGAAGCCGACCACGCGCCCGCGCAGCCCCACCCGGACGGCAACGCGCUCGAGGAACGCGCCAGCCGGCACGCGGGCGACGGAGACGCGGCGCCCAGGGACCCCGACGACGACCCAGCGUGUCCGAUAUACCGGCCGAGCAUGCCGAAAUUGAUACGGUGCGACGCCUCGGCGGUGCACGUGCGGUGGGACCCACCUCAGAUGAAGGCGGGGCAGGACCUGGAGCCCGAGGAGAUCGACCUGGAAUAUUCGUUAGAAGUGCAGCUCGCGGACGCGCAGCGCGGGGGCGACGUCGCGGAGGGCGCGUGGCGCGAGGUGUACCGGGGCACGUGCAACGUGCAGGUGGUGCCGGGGCUGCUCUCGGGGCGGCUGUACGCGGUUCGCGUGUCGGCGCACGCGUCCACGAGCCGCCCGGGCCGCGCCAUCGCGCGCCAGGCGGACCCGUCCCGGCACCUCCUCGCCAGCACGCUGGAGUCCCCCCCGCUCCCGCCGAAACACCUCGCGCUGACGCAGCGCAAGCGCACGAGCCUGACGGUGAAGUGGGACCCCCCCGGCAACGUGGAGCCGCACGAGGUGACGGCGUUCCGCGCGUACCUGUACCCGCCGCCCGCGGGGCACCCCGACGACGGCGCGGGGAAGGUGGUGCCGCUGCAGCCGACGCUGGUGGAGGCGUGGCGGGGCGACGGCGGCGCGCGGAGGGCCGUGCUGUCGGGGCUGCAGCCGGGCGUGGCGUACUGGGUGGCGGUGUCGGCGGAGAGCGCGGCGGGCGUGGGCCCGCAGUCGGCGCCGGUGCAGGUGGCGACGGCGGCGUCUGUGCCGAGCGCGCCCGCGGCGCCGCGCGUGGCCGGGCAGACGACGAGCUCGCUGCGGCUCGCGUGGGCCGCGCCGGCCGCGAACGGCGCGCCGAUCACGUCGUACACGGUCGAGCGCGACGACGGGGGGGGGUAUUUGGUGGUGUAUGUCGGGCCGGACACCACCCACCAGGCGCUCGGGCUGGAGCCCGGGCGGACGUACCGGUUCCGCGUGCGCGCGGAGAACGACGAGGGGCGCUCGGAGUGGUCGCCGGCCGUCGAGGCGCGGCCCGCGCCGUCGGCGCCCGCCGCGCCGCCCCCGCCCACCGUCUCGGGGCGCACGGCCGAGUCGGCCACGCUGGCGUGGCGGAGCGUCUCGGCCGACGGCGGGACGCCCGUCUACAUGUACGAGCUCCACGUCAAGCGCGACGGCGCGCGCGAGUGGGAGGUCAAGUACCGCGGCGAGGCCCGGGCUGCGACCGUCCACGGGCUGCUGUCGGGCGCGUCCUACGUGGCGCGCGUCGCCGCGGUGAACGCCGCCGGCACGGGCCCACCGGGCGCCUCGGUGUCCUUCCGCACCAUGCCGGCCGCGCCCGCGGCCCCCGGCGCGCCGCGCGCGUCCUUCGUCACCACGAGCAGCAUCCAGGCCGAGUGGAACGCGCCCGCGCACGACGGCGGCAGCCAGCUCACGUCGUACCGCGUCGAGUGCGCCGACGGCGGCUGCUGCCCCGUCGACUCCCUGGACUCGUCGGAGCACAGCGUGCGCUCUGCCACGGCGACCGAGGGCGGCGAGUGCCUCGUGCCCUCGCAGCGGGCGUCGAGCGACGCCGCGGUCACCACGGCGCUCGGGGACUUCGAGGAGCACCUGCGGUGGGAGACGGUGUACCAGGGGAGCUCGUGCCACUGCACCGUGCAGGGCCUGCAACCGGGACGACGCUACUUCCUGCGAACGACGGCGUUCAACUCGGAGGGCGCGUCGCCCGCGAGCCCGACGGUGUUCGUGCCGACGCGCGGCGCGCCGCCCGCGCCGCCGCCGGGGCUGACGGUGGCCUCGAGCGGCGCGGGGGGGGUCAGCCACUCGGCACUUGAGCUGAGCUGGGGGGUGCCGGCGCACAACGGCGCGACGGUGACCGGGUACACGCUCGAGAUGCUGCCGCCGGAGAUCGCGCACGCGGCGGGCGGCGGCGCGCCCGGGCGGCCCCAGCACCACCGGCUGGCGUCGGGCGCGACGGGGGCCACGUCGCCGCGGUCGCGCGACGCGUCGGUGGCCGCGGGGGAGUCGGACACCGUGCCGCUGGACCAGGAGUCGGAGGCCGACCUGUACGAGAACCUCUCGUCGGUCUCGUCGCGGAUCCCGGCGCAGGUCCUCGCUCCGCCGCCGGUGUGGACGCAGGUGUACCGGGGCCCGCACAACGCGUACGUGGCGCAGGGCCUCGAGCCGGACGCCGAGUACACCUUCCGCGUGUGCGCCGCGAACCGGCUGGGGCGGUCGGCGUGGAGCCAGCAGCUCACUGUGCGCACCGCGCCCGUCGGGCCGUCGCCGCCCGUGGGCGUGCACUGCGUCUCGCGCGGCGCGAACGAGCUCGUCGUGCGGUGGGAGCCGCCGCUGCGGCUGUACUCGCAGCCCGUGCUGCGGUACGUCGUCGAGCGGCACGUCGAGGGCGAGGAUCGCGGCGGCGGCGCGCGGCGCUGGGUGCAGGUCUACUCGGGCGAGCGCGCCGAGUGCAAGCUCAGCGGCCUCCCGCCCGGCGGCACCGUCGCGAUCCGCGUGCAGGCCGUCAGCGCGGUCGGCCCCGGCCAGCCCACGGCGGCCGUCAUCCUCAGCACCGACUCGGCACUCCCGGACCCCCCCGGGAAGCCCACGGUCGCGCACGCGAGCAGCAACAUGCUCAAGGUGCAGUGGGACGAGCCGGCGUCGGACAACGGCGCCGUCGUCACGCGCUACGACCUGUACAUGCUCCGUUUGGGCCCGGACGGCGACGAGGUCAAGCUGGACGCGGACGACCCCGGGUUCGAGCUCGUGCACUGGGGCCUGGCGUCGACGCGGCGGAUCCAGGGGCUGGACGCGGGGCACCGGUACGCGUUCAAGGUGCGGGCGUGGAACGCGUCGGGUCCGUCGGACUUUUCCGCGCCGGUGGUGGGCGCGACGACGGCGCGGGCCGUGACGGCGGUGCCGCGCGUGACGGCGCGGCCGGAGCGCGGGGAGGUCGACGGGUGCACGCGCGUCGUCGUGCAGUGCCGCCUGCCUGGCCCGCCGGCGCCUGACGUGGAGGGGUACGAGGUGGAGGUGUUGGGGCCCAGGGGGGAUGUCUUGGGGGUAGUGAGGUGCGGGCCGGACGGGGAGGGGUCCGUGGACGUCAGCGGCGCGUCGCCCGGGUCGUCGCUCGGCCUGCGCGCGCGGUGCUGCGCCGCGGCCGCGCCGGGCGACCCGGACGCCGGCGCAGCGGGCCCGUGGGGCGCGGCGGGGAGCGUCGUCGUGCCGCGCGAGGGCCCGCAGCGCGAGCUCUCGCUCGCGCCGGACUCGAGCGCGGAAACGGAGGUCCCCGCAGCGCUCGAGCGCGCCCCGUCGACGGCGGCCUCGAGCUCCGCGCGCAAGCGCCGCAACCGACGCAAGGCCAAGGGCAGCUCGGCGUCCAUGGCCAGCAUCGACGGCAUCGCGGUGCCCGCCAGCGUGCCGGCGGCGGCGCAGCAGAAACGCGUGCCGCUCGUGGCGCUCCCCGCGGCGCUGCGCGCCCUGGACUUCCUCGUCCCGCGCGUGCCGCGGUCGUGGCGGCGGUCCGCCGCGACGUACCUGCUGUCCGUGCUGGCCGUCGUCGUCGUCGUGGUGCUCGCGGGGCUGAUCGUCGACGACUUCCGUGCCGGCGGGCGGCAGCCGUCGAUCUGGGUGGCAGAACCUGAACGGGGGCCUGGUGCCGCUGCGCGCGUGGCGUAG